CCUAUGCCGUCAUGUUCACGAAAAAAAAAGGUCCCUUCUCUCAUGCUCAUCCGCCCUUGACUCACUUCACCCGGCCUUGAUAUUAAAGCCGAUUUUUAUCUCGACCAACCAUUUUGGUCUUGUACCACCUUGCCACCAUGAAGACCGGUUCCGUCCUCUCGGCCAUCUGCGCCGCACUCCUCGGCGCCGCCGACUGUGCCCCGACGAGCCAGCAGUCACCGGACCUGCAGGCUCGCGAGGGCUCGUCGUGGAUGGACGCCUACUCCCUCCCCAACUUCGCCGGCUUCCACAAGCGCUACGAGGUCCCUCACGGCCAGUGCAUCAACAUCCGGGGCGACUUCCCUCCUGGAACCGCCGCCGGCCUCUCCUCGGUUCAGAACGGCCCCCGUGGGACCACCGAGUGUACUCUGUUUGCGUUCGCCGACUGCAACGUCCGCCCCGGCUUCGACAACGACUGGGGCGACCGCCUGGCGUCGGGCGGUGUCCACCAGGACCUUGACGACCCCGAGAUCAGCUGGGGCAACAAGGCACAGGCCAUCAAGUGCUUCGCCAAGUAGACGGGGCGGUCGUGGCAGUGGCCGCGUACUCGCUUCGAGGACGGGAGUGGCGGAUCUGAUCUCUGGCAGGCGUCGACUCACCCUUUUAUUUUAGUCUGGUUCUUCCGUUACAUGGCACUUCUUUGUAUAUAUAGGGCCACCAGGGUGCUUACAGUAAAUAUGGCGUAUCUUUUCCUUUGACAUGAGACCCAACAAUCCGUCUUGUGUUCCGUUCCGCGCAUGGCUGCCAGUCCCUCUACCUCAC